AACUUGGACACGGUCGAGCAAACAGUUCUCAUCUUCCGAUGGACAUCCGUUGAUAACACAGCGGUCGUCAUGGUACGCUUGCCUAUCGGUGCUGAAUAGCUCUUUGAGCUUUCGGGCUGACGCAAUGCAGAGCUCUUCCUCCGUGUCUGUGUCGGCCACGACGCCGACUCAGCACCCCUUCCAAAGGAAGGUCAAUGAGAUCAAACCCUCCAAAUCAGACAUCAACUUCGUGAUCAUGGAUUACCUCAUCAGCGAAGGCUAUCCUCGAGCUGCUGAAAAGUUUGCUAAAGAGGCCAACCUGACUCUCCCUCUCGAGGAAGAUUCAAUCCAGUCGAGAGUGGAGAUCCGCAGGGCCAUUUACGCUGGCGACAUUGAUACUGCUAUCAACAAGAUCAAUGACUUGAACCCCCAAAUCCUUGACACAGAUCCCUCUCUUCAUUUCGCCCUUCUUCGUCUGCAGCUGAUAGAACUGAUUCGUACGUGCACUUCGUCUCCCUCUGCCGACAUCACUCCGGCUCUCGCCUUCGCCUCCGCUCAACUCGCUCCCCGUGCGGCUACCAACAAUGAUUUCUUGAAAGACCUUGAACUCACCAUGUCCCUACUCAUCUUCCUUCCAACCGACAGCACUUUACAGCCCCAGUUCGCUGAACUUCUGGAACCAUCCCUUCGUCGGGACGUCGCGAAGCGCGUGAAUGAAGCUAUCUUGACCCACAUGGGUGCAAGAGGUGAAUCUCGACUUCGUAGCUUGGUGCGCUUACGCGUCUGGGCUGAGCAAAAAGCCAGAGCAUCUGGCAAAAAUUUGCCACCCGUGCUCCCGUACACUCUGCAAGAUCCUGAUGACACUCACGGAAUUGAUAAUGAUACUUCAGACUUCAUGGUCACUUGAAAUUAGGUGACUUGUCUUCGGGAUGAAGAAUUUUUCACGAACAACAUGGUUAAUGAUAUCUUGAUCGGGUGGUUCUUUGGUAUCCCACUGUGUCCUGUUAUCUUUGUAAGGCGUUUGGUCCGCUGGCAUCAUCUCUUUGCCAUGGCGUUAUAGUAUGGAUUGUUAUUGAUACCUACCUGAAUAUGAACCAUUGCGCAACCUUAGGGUACGCUGCUAAUUUGAAAA